AUGGAGAAUGAAGGGGUCCCUGGAAAGCUCCGAUCCCUCUCUCACCGAAGGUUGUUGGAGGAGUUCAGGGAAGAGGCACCUAAGGGUGCCAAGAAGGUAUCAAGUGUUCAGAAUAGUCAUUCUGCACACCGGGCUCUUUCCCAAAAAAUGAACAUGGAAGAAGAGGGAAUGGCAUCUGGGGUCCUCACAGCCAAGUCCCAGAAAUCAAUGAGCUUUAAGGAUGUCUCCGUGGAUUUCACCCAGGGGGAAUGGGGACAGCUGGACCCUUCCCAGAGGGACUUAUACAGGGACGUGAUGCUCGAGAAUUACAGGAACCUUGUCUCCUUGGAGCUUCAGGUUAUCAAACCAGAGGUGAUCUCCAGGUUGGAGCGAGGGGAAGCGCCAUGCAUGCUGGAGAGAGAAGGCCUUAUAGGCUCCUAUCCAGAUAAUGAUACUAGAUUUGAGUUCACCAUGACAGAUUCAAAGGAUGGCAUCAUUCCUAUGGAAGAAUCAUUGCAAGAAAGACUCCAAAUAAAUGUUCCCUUGGACUGUAAGUUGGAACAGGUCUGGGAAUAUGAUGCUUUGUUUGAGAAGCAACUCGGCAAUUAUGAGAGAGAUUUAAGGCAAGUAACAAUCACCGACAAUAACACUUCCAGUGAAGUGAACGAUCAAGAAUGUAAUAAAUUUGGGAGAAGUUUCAAUAUGAUGUUAGUCACUAAUACACAAGAGAAUGUUACUAGUAAAAAAAGUGUCCCUAAAUAUGAUACACAUGGAAAUAACUUCAAACAAUAUUCAGAGCUAAUAAGGCGCAAUAGAAUUGCCUUUGGGAAGAAACCCUAUAAAUAUAAUGAAUGUAGCAAAGCUUUCAAUUACCACUCAGACCUUAUUCGAUAUCAUAGACUACCUAGUGGAAAGAAAUCUUAUGAUUUUGAUGAGUUAGGGCAAAGCUUCCCACAAAGGAGGCACCUUAUUCAACAUGCUAGAAUUCCUUCUGGAGAGAAACCCUAUAAAUGUAGUGAAUGUGGAAUAGCUUUCAGACAAAGUAUGCACCUUAUUCAACAUCAGAGAAUUCAUACUGGAGAGAGACCUUAUAAAUGUAGUGAUUGUGGACAAGCUUUCAGACAGAAAAUGCACUUAAUUCGACAUCAGAGAAUUCACACUGGAGAGAAACCUUAUAAUUGUAGCGAAUGUGGGAAAGCCUUCCGACAAAAAAUUCACCUUACUCGACAUAAGACACUUCAUAUUGGGGAGAAACCCUUUAAAUGUAAUCAGUGUGGCAAGUGCUUCAGUGACAGUUCACCUCUUCUUCUCCAUCAGAGAAUUCACACUGCAGAGAAACCGUAUAAAUGUAGUGAAUGUGGAAAAGCGUUCAGACAGAGUAUGUAUCUCAUUCGACAUCAGAGAACUCAUACUGGGGAGAAACCCUUUAUUUGUGGGGAUUGUGGAAAAUCUUUCAACGACAGCUCAGCCCUUACUUUACAUCAGCGAAUUCAUACUGGAGAGAAACCCUAUGAAUGCAAAGAAUGUGGGCAAGCCUUCAGUCACAGUGGAAGUCUUACUCAGCAUCAGAGAAUUCAUACUGGAGAAAAACCUUAUCCAUGCAGUGAAUGCGGUAAGGCUUUUAGGCAAUAUUCAGCCCUUGCUCACCAUGAGAGAACUCACACUGGAGAGAAACCAUAUAUUUGUACAGAAUGUGGAAAAGCUUUUAGUCACAGUGGAACUCUUACUCAGCAUCAGAGAAUUCAUACAGGAGAGAAGCCUUAUGAAUGCAGUGAUUGUGGUCAAGCCUUUACUUACCAGGCAACUUUCCGCCAUAUGAACCAGGUUACUCAACAUCUCAGAAUUCAUACUGGAGAAAAACCCUAUACAUGUAUGGAAUGUGGAAAAUCCUUUAGUCAUAGUGGAAGCCUUACUACUCAUCUGAGAAUUCAUACUGGAGAGAAACCCUAUAAAUGUGGUGAAUGUGGAAAAGCCUUCAAUCAGAACAUUUAUCUUACUCAGCAUCAGAGAAUUCAUACUGGUGAGAAACCCUAUACAUGUAAUAAGUGUGGUAAGAAUUUCAGGCAGUACUCGGCCCUUAGUCACCACGAGAGAACUCAUACAGGAGAGAAACCCUAUACGUGUUUGGAAUGUGGGAAAGCUUUCAGUCAGAAGGGAACCCUUACCAAUCAUCAGAAAAUUCAUACUGGAGAGAAACCUUUUAUAUGUGGUGAAUGUGGAAAAGCCUUCAACCAAAAUAUUUACCUUACAAAGCAUCAGAGAAUUCAUACUGUAGAGAAACCAUUUAAAUGUAAUGAAUGUGGUAAGGCCUUCAAGCAGGUCUCGGCCUUAAAGCACCAUAAGAGAAUUCAUAAUAGAGGGAAAACCCUGUAAUUGC